AUGCUUCCUCUCGGACUCCUAAAAGCUGCUUCUAACGGACCUACACUGGUCGAACUUAAAUCAGGUGCUACUCUUAACGGAAACCUGGUUGCAUGUGAUACCUGGAUGAACAUUACACUCAAGGACGUGGUUCUGACAAACAAGGAAGGCACAGAGUUUAAGAAGCUCCCUGAAUGCUACGUCAAGGGUAGUUUUAUCAAAUACCUGCAAGUACCCGAUAUUCUUCUCGACCAAAUCAAGGAAAACCAGCAACAACACCGCAUGGAAAAUAACCGCAACCGGUUCCAGAAUAACAACAACAAUAGAAACCAAUGGGGCUCUGGCGGCAGAGGCAACCGUGGAAGAAACUACAAUGACCGAAACAACAAUAACAACUACCGCAAUAAUAACAACAGGGGUAACAAUUAUAACAAAGCCCCUCAAAGCGCGCCAACUGGCCCUACUAAUGCAACCAGAUUUUAA